AAAUCUGGACCUGCUUUUUUAAGCCCAUCCAUCCCCCGGCGCUGGAUGGCAUCCGGGCUCAUCGGACUUGCUUCAGACUAUGCGCUUGGAGGCCUCUCGGGCAGUCGAUUCCACACAACCUUCCCACUCCUCGAUCGGGCAGAUGCAGUAUCUGUCGUCGCUGCCUCGGCUCGCCGAUCAUCCACCGCUCCAGACCUCGCCGCCGGCCUCCAGGUUCAACUUCUACACCGACCCGACGUCGGCCUUCUCGGCCUCCAAGCGGAUGAGAUUCUCCGACGCGUCAGGAGGAUUCGGUCCCUUUUGCCCUCAACGCCCAACUCCACUGCCGCCGUCUUUUCCUUAUGGAACAAAGAAUACAUAUGAGGCUAGCAGUUGCCCUGCUUUCUAUCAGAUGCCUCACCAAUCCGAUUCUGGCUCAUAUGGAACGCCGUCACAAGUUUCUCACAACAGUCCCCCUAUUACUGGCCCAGGUUCAUGGAAUGCAUCUGGUGAUUCUUCUGGGCACAGCUUCGCGGCACGCCCUUCAGGUAGUUUUUCCUCGAGUCCUCAUUUCAGACCAGGAGGAAGCCAAUUAAGCAACCACCGAACUAAUAGACCACAUUCCAAUUUGGGACUAGGUAGUAGGGCUGGACGAUAUGGUGGUGGCUCAAUCGAAGUGGAGGCACAGCCUUUACACGAGAUGAUAUAGCGAGUUACUUCAUGAAGUCUAUGCUCGAAGACCCAUGGCGAGACACAGAACUGGUUGUCGGAGAUAUAUUGGAGCCAAUUUCUGGCCCAGGAUAUCGGCAUCCAGAAUCAACAUCGAGGAAGAACAACUAUAAGUUGGAUUCCAAUUCCAGCCUCAGUGAAUUCCUUGCAACUUCUUUAAAAGAAACCAUCAACGAUGACGACGAUUGAGCAUCUUCUAUUAACUUUCUUAAGUAAUCUGUCAUUGUUUAAUGCAUUUAUGAAAAUUUUUAGAGUUUGAUCGGCUACUAAUCUAAUCUCGGUUGUGUAGACAAGGCAUGUUAUGAAUGUAAAUUUUUUAGAUUCUUGCGACUAUUGUUUAAGAUGUAAUGACUGAGGAUUUAUUUAAUUGCAUUUCUUUCUACUGA